AUGAAGUCUGAAAUUUUUCUUCUAUUUUUUUAAUUGAAAUAUCAGGAUUAUCAAUAAGAUAAUGAAGGAUAAAAUUGUAUUUAAAAAAUAAAUAACAUUUUUGAUGAUUUUAAUUAUCAGAUGAAAUAGGAAAAUGUUUAGAGACUAUGA